AUGAUGGACAUCUCAUCCUUCACCCCUACCUACCAGGCAGUGAACAGCUCUAAUUCCACGGGGAGCCCUGACUGUAAGCCAGAGGAUCUGGGCUCUUUCAUCCCGAUUUUCCUAAGCUUGAUCUUUUCAGCUGGUUUCAUUUUGAACAUUGUCAGCCUGUGGAUCUUCUGGUUUUGUAUUAAGAAAUGGAGUGCUGGAAUGAUUCUGCAGGUCAACUUGGCAUUAGCUGAUGCUAUUAUAACACCGGCCGCCCCAUUUAUAAUCGCAAACUUCUCACUGUUGCACUGGCCCUUUGGAGAUUUCCUUUGUCAGUUGAAGGUCUUCUUACUGAGCACCAACAUGUAUGGGAGCAUCUACUUCCUGGUCCUCAUCAGCAUUCACCGCUACGUCGUUGUUGUGCACUGCACCAAGAAAACCAUGUUUAAGGAAGCCAGAUUCAUGAAGCUGCUAUGUGCGGGUGUGUGGAUCAUUCUGUUCGUCCAAGGAUUUCCGUUCUUCUUUGUGCUGAGGACCACCCAGGUCAACAAUUCCACGCAGUGCUUGAGCUUUCACCAGGACGAGCUGUUGACACUGUACUUUGUAUGGAACACAACUAUUCUAUUCACUGGCUAUAUCAUCCCAUUUGUUGCCUCGGUCACUUUCUACACUUUGCUCGCCAGCUUCAUUAUAAAACUGAAUCCCAAUCAGCUUAAGAGCCAGAAUAUGAAGAUAAAGUCCAUACAAAUGAUAGUGAUGUCCCUGACAAUUUUUAUAAUCUGCUUCCUACCAGUGCAUGUGUCUCGAACAGUUGGCAUUACACUUAAGUUCUUUCAUCCUGAGCAGUGCCAUGCUCUGGGUGUGUUGGAACUGGCUUAUUACAGGUGUUUAGCACUGUCAAGCACCAACUGCUGCCUGGACCCCUUUUUGUACUUCUUUUCAUCCAAGAAAUUUAAGAGGUCAAUAAGCAAUGCUAUGUGUUUUACGAGGCGUUGGAACAAGCAAUGAGAUUGCUUCCAGCUCCCAGUCGCUGCUUUUGAAGCAGUCGCUGACCUGAAGCAUUAAUUCUGUGUUUCCCUGUAGAAUGCUGCAAUAAAGCAUCUCCUGCUUUCUAUUCUGAUCUCCAAUUCUGCAGAGCUUCAUUUUAUCAUUUAUACUGCAAUUUGCAUUUAAGGUUCAGUCAACGUUAUACACUUUUUGUGAUUUUAAGAGUUACACAGGUAAUCCUAUAUCACUGUAAAUAUUGUUUGGACAUUCAAAUGUCUAGUGAGGACCCUGUCUACUGUAUUUUUAGCAAAACAAUUGACAAUGACUCACUGAAACUCAUGGAGUUGUUAUUGCAUGGGAGGGGGCCAAUUGGUUAAUGGAGGCUCUGUGGACUCUUUACGAUCCCCUUCUCCAGUGGGUGGUCUUUGCAUGAACUCUCUUUGUAUUGCUCUUGUAAAAUGUCUUGGAGAAUGUAAGUACAUUCACAGCACUGUAUAAAUUCAGAUGUUUGUUAUAAUUGUUUGAUUUGAAGUUGUAAAUGAAGCUUAUCAAUGUG